CUACGUACUGURCCCGAUUUCCUUUUUUGGGCAUCGCAUGUGUGUCACUUCUUACGAACAGACAAAGUGUGGGAUCAGAUUCAUGUGGAUGUACAKGUGCGAGCAAAAAAUUCUGAUCGCCUGCCGAAACACUUCUUUUCGUUCCAUAYUCUAUUUUCGGCGGCACUCCCUUUCAUCGAUGUUUACAYUGUUAAUAUCCUCUCUAUUUUUCUUGUUCACAGUUCACAGCUAGAUACAGAAGAUAGCAUUGUUUCCAGAAUUUACGCAAUCUUCACAAGCAUAGCUAGCGACAUUCUUAUCUAUCAGAGUACUAAACAUCGAGACUCCACUCACUGACUGGGUAUAGUUGCAAUUGCCACGACCAUCCUGUUCUGUUCCAUCRUCUCUCGGUGCUGAGSGGUAAAAUUGAGUGCUUUGGUUCGGUUCGGUUUGGUUCGUCGCGCUCUGAUAAAACGAAGUUUGAACGUUUGAGAAUAUUGGACAUUGCCAUCAAAUUUACUCGGUGAAACAUCUCACUUCUUACUUCUCACAAUGAGCAGUGACGCCGGGUUCAGAUGCCACAUUAAGAGAUCCGAAAGGCCCUGCCUGGUUUGCUCCGGACACAUGGAUCUAAUCGAAGCUCGCCCUAGCAAAUUGAAUAUCUUUGGCGGAAUUCCUUUUGCUUGCAGCUCCGAAGGUGUCGAUUGUCUAGACUGCCCAACGUGUGGCUUCAAAACAACAACGAUAGACUACGAGUACUUGAAAAUGUGCAAACGCAGUCGUCAAGACAGUAGGAUGUUUACAGACUCAAGAAACAACCAUUCUACAUCUGACACAGGGAAUACGGAACGAGAACGAUGGACAAAACGAGGCUCCAGGAAUAGACAUAGAGAAUCCAUGAGCAGCCACAGUGGCAGCCACGGUUUCGAUCGAAGUUGCUCUUCAUGCCAUACUCCGCUGGAGUCGAGUUCGUGGCAGUUUUGCCCCAAAUGCGGAARCAGAUGCUCCAAAGAAACCAAACAGAGACAAGCUUYGGCAACACAUGGUGUACCAGACGUUAUCAGUGAAAUCACAAUACCGAAAACAUUGUCAAAAGGAUUGAACGACGACGACACCAGCAUCAGCAAAAACACAAGGUAUCAGAUUGCACCGAAAUCAACCGACAAUGAACUUGUCCGAAUGGUUACACCUCCGAAGCGGGCAAGCAUCAGAAAYUGCGAUAUGAGUGGUCCGGUCGAAAUGCAAUACUAGCAACAACCAGUGCAAUCCCUCUCGAUUUUCUGUACAAAGAACAUCUUUUUCUUCUUUGAGAGGAACUGCGUGCAAUCUUGAAUUUGACGCUACUCCACACGAUAUGACUUCAUUCUUCCCUCCCACYAACAAUURAAAUAMCCUAUAUGCGAGGUGAUAGAGAUGAUUGSUUCUAUWWYUUUGACCGAAGACAAAACAUAAGGAAGGCAAGUCUUGAAAUCGGGUAGUAGAAACKAUAAAUCGAAAACGAAAUAACAAUUUUCAUCAAAYCAUUAUUCUUUGAAUCUACAAAUAGUGCUAGAUCAUGCUUUGAUUGUUGGACUGAAUGGACUACAUGUAUUGUAUGCUUAKUCUAAAAGGUUUGGUUUCGUACACCAURCAAUUCUAUCACAGGAGAAAUCCAAUAAAUGAGGGCAUCUAGAUUAUAAGUUGGUUACAUCGAUACACUGAUAUUUUAUAGCAGAGUGCAGGCAUGCCAUAAGUGAUGUUACGUGAAAGGAACAAUCAUGGAAGUAGAAAAUACGAAUCCCCCACUUAUUCUCUCAACGGAAACCAUGACAAGUUAUCCCAGAAAUAACGAAAAAGGCAAACAAUGUUAAUUUGUUCAGUUGAAACGCUCUUGCUUCCAUCGAUAACGUAGCCUCCUUUCCGUGCUUCCGAAGGAAGCGAAUCAUAAUGUCGAGCACAAAAGAAAAUCACCGACGGUCAAAUCCUGAUGGCUUUGUUCUAUGCAUCUGUCGAAGAAUCCUUUUCGAUUUCAUCAUUCACACAUAGUGCCGCCAAUCCUCGUGAGAAUCUUUCGUAAACUAUGGCCCUUAAUGUGUUGGCGAUGAAAUCUAUCCGGUCUCCGGACUCGUUCAAUUCAAUGGAGUAUGAUACGUACAUACUAUGAAUACUAUACGUACCACGACUCACACGGAAAACCGUGUACGUUGUACUUCUACGUAUUAAGAACUUGUAAUUGCUUGGUGUAAUGUAAAACAAUGUAACAAUUGAACUUUCGUUACUUCAUAUGGGAUUUACUCCUACUUCGCAGGGACGCUCUUCGUUCGCCUGUCCGUUCGCCUCGUCGUCAUUCGUGGCUGCUGACGAAUCGUACAGUACCCAGUAUUGGGCAUGGAGGUUUGCGCCAAAAAAAUGAAAAAUGAAAACCGAGAGGAAUCUCAAUCACUCUCGAUUUCCAAAAACAGAUWCGAAGUACUACGAACAAGAUAAUCGAGCUGUCAAAGGAAACCUUGUGAUUUAGCUUAUGGCACAAGCCGUUUAAAAAAUUCAAGGCGAGGAAGCAGGUUGAGAGGGGAAAGAGCAGAGAUUGAGUCGCAAAAAAUCAGCCAUGUCGUCAAGACCACUACUUUUUAGUGCAUCGUCGGCAGCACGUCGUGCACUGUGGACACGCACCUGCGCACACACAUCAUGUUUUCCUGAAAUCAAACGCGAAAUCGACGGCAGGAGAAGAAAUUACCAAUUKGCUGCUGAAUCUUURUGUAAAGUAUCGACACAUCCUUCAAUCAAUUGCUCGCUGACGUUGUUGCGGCAUUCGGAUGUUACGUCSAGAUCGUUUGCUUCACGACGACGGGCCAACGGGAAGAAAAAGAAAACAGAUACUGGCGUUGUCUCCAAUGAAGAACUAAUUGCGCAGCUGAUCCGGAAUGCUUCGGUCUCAUCUGCAGACAAAGUUACAAUUCGAUUAGUUAUAGACGAGGGCCCAGACACGCCAUCCUCGGUUGAAGUGAUAUCUCUAUCGGAAGCGAUCGAAAUAUCUCUGGAUCGGGAAUUGGAUUUGAUUGGGGCAAACAUAAAAGGCGAUCCUCCGGUCGUUCGAGCCACACAGCUCUCUAAGUUGGAAUACAAGCACAAGCAGGCACAGAAGAAGCAACAACAAGCCGCGGCAAACAGAAAGGAACUCAAGGCAUUUCGAUUCAAAGCCGGAAUCGAAAGCAACGAUCUCGAACGAAAACUUGGCCGACUCAGAGGAUUUUUGUCMAARGGACACGAUUGUGAUUUCACAGUCUUCACCAAGAUGAGAACCCUUCGCCAGAAUCCGAAUGCAGGAAUCGAGCUAGUGAAUAAGAUCAGGGAACUCCUUGCAGAUGUUGGUGAUAUAAAACGAGAGCCGCAGACAAACGAAACAAAGUCCUUUUACCGAGUUCAAUACGUGCCGAAAAAGUAAUAGCGUCUCGCUCUUUUGAAUCCUUUUUAAUUCGUUUCUCUACCGUAACGAMGAGCAUUGAAUACCCAGCAUAAA